AUGGCAGAAUCGGGUCCUACUGACUUUGACCUGCUGUGGUAUCUAAAUAAGCUCAGUAAGAAGGAAUUUCAGAGUUUGAAGAACCACUUUGGACAAGAGUGUCUGGAGAUGGAACUGCCACGGACCUCGGAGCCUGACCUGAGGAAGUCCAAACAAGAUCUUGUUAAGCUGUGGACAACCUUUUAUGAGGCACAGCACAUCUGGAAUAUGAUGUUCAGCAUCUUUCGAAAGAUCCGUCGUGAAGAUCUCUGUGAGAAGAUCAAAGCUAGAUGAGAACGUGAGUGGUGGAAACACAAAGUUCUCAUAAAGAGAAAAUUCCUCCUCCAAUGGGAAAAAUGCUUUUUUGAAAAUGUUCAUGAUGAAUUCUAUAAAAAAAUGAUAGUAGAAAUUCUCAGAAUACUUGAUGCUACAUAUGAUCCUAGGAGAGCUGCGUCAUCAAAGGACCAGAAUGUGUUCCUUCGGGAAGGGAAAUCAGCUGGAAAAACGAUGGCCAUAAAAGUGGCUGUGUUAGAGUGGGCAAAUGACAAAAUUUGGAAGGAUGUAAUCUCAUACAUUGUUUACCUCACUUCUUAUGAAAUAAAUCAGAUGGCCAAUAGUAGCUUGGUUGAGCUGAUGUCCAGAGACUGGCCCAAUGGUCAGGCUCCUAUUGCAGAUAUCCUGUCUGAUUCUCAGAAGCUCCUCUUUAUUCUCGAGGACUUGGACAACAUAGAAGUCAACUUAAAUAUAGAUGAAUCUGCUUUGUGUAGUGACAGCAGACAGCAGGUGUCAGUAUCGGUGCUCCUGGCCAGUUUGCUGAAGAGAAAGAUGGCUCCAGGUUCCUCGUUCCUCAUCUCAUCCAGGACAGAUUGUGAUGCUGCCAUGAAGGCAUUGGUGAAGGAGAUGGAUUAUUCCAUAACCUUGGAGUUCUCUAAUGAGAAGAGGCAGAAGUAUUUUACCUUAUUCUUUAGGGACAGUCAGAGGGCUAUGAUAGCUCUCAAGCUUGUACGAGAGAAUGAAAUGUUCCUCCAUCUGUGCCAAGAAGCCGUCUCAUGCUGGAUCACUUGCAUUGCCCUAAAUCGGCAGAUGGACAAUGGCGAUGAUAUGACACUCUCAUGCCAAAGACUCACUGACAUAUAUGUCCAUUUUCUUGCCAAUACACUGACAUCUGAGGCUGGAGUUACUGCUAAUCACUACCACCUCAUCCUGCUGGAAUGCCUGUGUUCACUGGCUUUAGAAGGACUGUUUCAUGACACACAGCAUUUUAGUGAUGGGGACCUCAGAAGUGUUGGGUUUACUGAAGCUGAUGUCUCCGUGUUGCAGGCCCUGAAGAUUCUUUUGCCAAGCAGCAGCUAUCAAGACCAUUACAUGUUCAUACACUUGAAAAUCCAGGAGUUUUGUGCAGCCAUGGCGUAUAUGAUGGUAUUAACUGAGUGCCGGAUCCCCUCAGCCAGUAAAAGGUAUAAAGACAGAAGACAAAGAUACAAUGAAUUUAGUCCAAUAAUUACUUCCAUUUUUGGUCUUCUUAAUGAGAAGAGGAGAAAAAUUCUUGAGAACUCCUUGGGCUGUCAUCUAUUGACUGGAGACCUCAGGCAAUACUUUCUACAGAAAAUGAAAUAUUUGGGUAAUAAUCCAAAAGCAAUGGAACACCACAUACCUUUGUUUUAUUGUCUCUUUGAGAACCAGGAGGAAGAAUUUGUGAAAGAGAUAAUGGACUGUUUUUUAGAAGCUACCAUUUAUAUUCAAAAAAAUGAAGAUCUGAUGGUUUCAUCAUAUUGUCUGAAGCGUUACCAUCCCCUACAGAAACUUAAGUUAUGUAUUCAGUGCAUCUUUGAAAACAAGGACCGUAACAUGACCUUAAAUUCUAGUAAAAUGAGGAGCCUUGUCUAUUGGAAAGACUUCUGCUCUCUACUCUACACCAAGGAGAACCUCUGGGAGCUAGAAAUUUGUAACAGUGACCUUGACGAUACCUCAGAAAGGGUUCUGUGUAAAGCCCUGAUACAUCCCAGCUGUCAACUUCAAACACUCAAGUUGACAUAUCUCUCGGUCGGUACCAAGUUUGAAGACGUGUUCAAGGCUAUUGUUUAUAACCAGAAUCUGAUGCUGCUGAGCCUCAAUUGCAUGCCCAUUUCCCUAAAGAUGUUUCCACUUCUGCACGAGGUCUUGGACAAUCUCAUGUGCAGCACACAGCAUCUCAGCUUGAUGAAAUGUGAUUUGCGAGCUAGUGCAUGUAAGGAAAUCGCCUCUCUCCUCAUCAGCAGCAAGAGACUGAAAAAACUGACCUUAUCCAACAAUCCACUGAAAAACGCCGGGGUGAAAAUACUAUGCAAUGCUUUGCUCCAUCCAGAUUGUACUCUCGAGUCACUGGUGUUACUCUUCUGUUGUCUCACUAAGACUUGUUGCAGCUUCAUUGGGAGAGCUCUUAUGCUCAGCAAAACUCUCAAACAUCUAGAUCUGAGUAUGAACCUAAAAAAUCAUGGAGUAUUGGUUCUAACUCUGCCCUUGAUGUUUCCAACCUGUAAAUUACAGGAGCUGGAGCUGUCUGGAUGUUUUUUUACCAGUGAUGUCUGUCGGGAUAUUGCCUCAGCUAUAACUAAUAAUCCAAACCUGAGGAGCCUGGAGCUUGGGAGCAAUAAUAUAGGAGAUGCGGGAAUGGAGCUGUUGUGUAAUGCUUUGAAACAUCCAAACUGCAAUUUAGAGAACAUUGGGCUAGAAGAGUGUAUGUUAACCAGCGCCUGCUGUGAGUCUCUCGCCUCAGUUCUUAUCAGUAGUAAAACUCUGAAAAAACUCAAUCUGUUUGGAAAUGAAUUGGGUGAUGAAGGAAUUAUGCAAAUUCUUGAGGGCUUAGGCCACCCAGAUUGUAUACUUCAGACAGUUGGGCUUCAAAUUAAUGAUAUAGAUGCAGAAACCAGGAAGUUGCUGAUGACUGUCAAAGAGAAAAAUACCAAACUGGUCUUUGUUUAUCAAUCUUGGGCUAAAAAAGAAGGCAGAGAAGUGGCUCACAAAGUUCACCGGAUACCUGAUGCCAUCAUGAGAGACACUCCAACUGCAAACCAGGAAAAUUCUUCAGGUGGCCACUGCCGUCCCCAUUCCACCAUCUAA